CCGUACCAUGUCACAAUAUAACAGGAAUGAAUAUCAGAACAACGAGCUCUAAUAAUCAAGUAAUGUAACGCUUCGGAUUAUACGUCCUGCCUUGCUUGCCGUAGGAAACGCGGAAAACAAAAAGAACUGAGGGCAUGGUGUAGUCAGUUAGCCUGUUAGCCAUUUUAGGCUAUUUACUAUUUACAAAAUGUUUAGCAAAAAGUGAUAUUUUUUGUGUUGAUACGGGAGAAUGUGGCGGGGAUGUGGCUGAAUAAUGGGAAACGUCUUUGGGAGAAAGAGUCGACCUUCUCGUGUAACGGAGCAGGACAAAGCCAUUUUGCAACUGAAGCAGCAGAGAGACAAGCUGAAGCAGUACCAAAAGAGAAUCACCUUGCAGCUGGAGAAAGAGCGACGUCUAGCAAAGCAGCUGCUACAAGAUGGCAAGAAGGAAAAAGCGCUGUUGCUUCUUAAGAAAAAACGGUACCAGGAUCAGUUACUAGAAAAGACCGAAAAUCAGAUUUCAAAUCUCGAGCGCAUGGUUCAAGACAUUGAGUUCAUGCAAAUUGAAAUGAAAGUCAUUGAGGGACUUAAAGUUGGCAACGACUGUCUGAAGAGCAUGCACGAGAUCAUGUCAAUAGAAGAUGUGGAGAGAAUCCUGGAUGAGACACAGGAAUCGACUGACUAUCAAAGGCAAAUAGAUGAAAUGUUGGCUGGAGUCCUGACACAAGAGGAUGAGGAUGCUGUCUUAGCAGAGCUGGAAGCUAUCACUCAGGAAGAAGACGUAGCACUUCCAGAGGUCCCCAGUGAACCAGUACCAGAGGUGUCAGAAGCAGCUAAAGCAGAGCCAGAGAGGCGAGAAGCAAAGAACAAGCCAGACAGAGAGCUGUUGGCAGCCUAGUAGACUGAAUGUGUGGUCUGUAUCCAGUGUUAAGCUGCAUAAAGAGGUGGAUUUCUUUUUUUCUGGGAUUUGGUAUGUGAACACGGGACCUGCACACAUCAGUGCAUCUUCACACAAUUUACAGCAUCAGCACUGUCUGUACUUGGUUCACCGCUCCACUUAAGUCAUGCAUAAAGUGAAAUAUUCUAUUUCUCUGUGUCUGAUUUGGUUAGGAAGAGAAGUGUUGCAUUGUAGCUGUUAUUGUAGAAUAACAGGAGUUUUUAGAUGUCUUACACAUUAUUUACAGCUUUACAUAUUAAAUUGAGCUGUGGGAACAAACGCUGUCCUGUCUUUAUUUGUCCACAACUGAUUAUUUUUUGUCUUUCUUGUAAUUUUCAUAAAAUGAAAAAUUAAUAAAAAUAAUAAAUACCAGUGAAAAUAUGCACCAUACUUUCUCCAGAAGGGGGCACUCCUCACUUGUAUUUUUCUACACCGCACUCCACAUAACAGGUGUCUUCAUUUAGAGUGCCCUUAGUGUGUACUUGUUGAAAGAAAAUCAAAAUCUCAUGUUGCUAAUAUGUGGGUGAUGUUUAGACAAGGAAGAAAAUAUAGUAUUUACAAUCUGACACUAAGCAGCAAUUAGACACUAAUUAGCAUGUACAAUGCAGCUAACACAAAUUAUCCUAUGAGGAAAAACAGCACCUAUGGUGUAACAGGUACAGUGCGACUUCCCUAAAGCCUCAUGUAAUAGUAGGCAUACUUGAGGCAGAUUUACAUGGUGUAUAAUGGCUUUAAUCGGAGGAAUAUGGCUUAUUCACCACAAUGAGACUCUAUCAUUUAUUACUGAUUACUGGUGCGCAUGGAGAUAAACUGGCAGGAUGAUCCCACUACUUUAACCAGCUGUCCAUGCUUAGUCACAUAUGUUUAUAGGUUAAGGUAUAUGCUAGGUCCUAUUGUGCAUAACUCUACCAAGCUUAUCAUUGUAAACACUGGAGCGAUAUGAAUAGACAAACAUACAUAUUUUAAAAUACAUGGAAUUUGUGGCUACGAGAACGAAUUUGCCUCAAAUAUUUUGUAAUGGUAGAGAUUUAGGGGGCGGGCUCUAAAUCUGCAUUUUGACAAGAUGGUGCUGCGUUCUAUUACCGUGGGAAAUAAUGAUUUUAACCGUUUAGUAUAACAAAAACACGUCGCGCAACGUAGUAGAAAUUUCGUUAUGUGACUUUCAUUGCCAUAUAACGUAGGCUACCAUGACAGCCUUUAAUAAUUGGUUUGGGUUUUUAAAAUUUAUACUUUUGGGGGAUAAAAGCCCUCCCUUCAUAUUUUCUCAUUCUUGUUUACCCCUAAUCUAUACGUCCGAAUGUAUUCGAUUUUACUUUUAAACUUGUGAACAAAAGCUGGAAAAUGUUAUACUAUGUUGUACUUCUUUUGUUUAAAUCUUCGCAUCGCACACAGUGUUUAAGAGAUUGCGAAAAAAAAUAAAAUAAAAUAAAGGAAGCCCAACAAAAAUCAGAACUUCCGAGUAGACCGUAAAGGCAGCAUCGGACUGUCAGCUGUGGAGAGAGAAGGUGUGUUUAGUUAGUGGGUUUCGGGAGCGCAGAGCCACUCGGUCUCUUAUCUCGCCUGUUGUUAGCUCGCACUCGUGCAUUUACCCGUCUCUCCCCUGUUUUUUUUUUUU